GAGAAAAGCCUCGGGGAUAUCUGCUUUUCGCUUCGAUAUGUGCCCACUGCUGGAAAACUGACGGUGGUUAUACUGGAAGCGAAAAAUUUGAAGAAAAUGGAUGUUGGUGGCUUGUCAGAUCCUUAUGUAAAACUGGAAAUUAUCGAGGCGAAAAAGCGUCUACGAAGAAAAAAGACGGCAAUCAAAAGAAAAACCUUGAACCCAUAUUAUAACGAAACUUUCAUAUUCGACAGCUUGCCUUUAACAAAAAUCAAGAUUGUUUUGAUGCAAGGAGGAAAACGACUGAAAAAGAAGAAAACGUCUAUUAAAAAGUGUACAUUGAAUCCAUACUAUAACGAGUCGUUCUCUUUUGAAGUUCCUUUCGAACAAAUACAGACGACAGCAUUUUCUAAUGUUUAA